CAUGAAAGUGCCGUUUUUUGUAUUAUUCGGCAUCGCUUGUGGUAGUGCAAAAGCAGACAAACCGCACGCGAAAAGGGAAAACCUAUACACGCAUACACACACAUAGACAGGCGCGUAUUGAGUCGGCUGGAACUUGCCAUCGCGUUUGUCAGUCGGGAAAUCGAGGGCAGCACCGGUUUUUUUUUUUAAAUUCUGAUUUCGAUGCAUAACCGAAGCCGCCCGACCGAGGUCGGUUUAAUCGGGUGUUGGAAAAAUGCAAUGAACAAAAUGUUACUUGGACGCGGCUCCCCCCCAAGAGCAAACGUCGACAAUCGACGUUCUUUUGUUGUGUGUUGGGGGUUUCGCGAAGCAGCAACCCUUGCACAAUAAUACUGCCCCUGUCUGUUGUUGGCGGGCGGGGUGUGAAGAUUGUGAAGCACAUGUAGCGGUGUGUGUCCUGAUUCCCUCCCACCCCAAUGCACGUACUCGCUAAUAAACAAUAACACAGCACAAUCUCACGCGAGCGCAGAGUACGGUCGAGCUGCGGCGGCACCCUGUUUCCUUGCGCCAGAGCGAGAAGUCAACAGUGUGCGAGCUGCCUGCGUGUCGAAACUGCUCCAGCGAGUGGGUGGGCGUGUGUGUGUGCGUGCUUUCGUGCGUGCGUGCGUGCGUGCGCGUUCCUGUAUCCUAGUGUGCUGGGUAGUGAAAAACAACUUGUCAAACUAGGACGACCUCUCUCCCUUGCGGGUUCCAUUCGCAUCAUCUUGGUGAGUGAAAGCGAGGAAGUGUUUUGGUAGUUAAAUUGUGUUCCUUGGCUGUUGUAUGUGCGUGCGUGUUAGUGAAGCAAAACAGUGACCGGAAGUGGUCAAACGGGAAAGCUCCCGGUCGGAGAAGAGUUCCUGCCUAUCCAAUCAAAGGGACACUGCAUCUCGCAUCUCGUGUCUUGAGGCCCAUCAUCCGCCCAGUUUCAGCACUGCCUGCUGUACGCGUCCCACUGCCCGGGCGUGUCACAGGGUGUAGUGAGAGGAACCACUACACCUUGCCUCCUCCGGGGGUUCCGGUCGGUCCGGCACGAUGGCGUGCCUGAAUACGCUGAAGCUAGAAAUCAAAACGCUCGAGCAGGUCUUCCCCAAGAACCAUGAACGGUUCCAAAUCCUUAACGCCACGGUGGACGAGCUGUGCUGCCGUUUCAUCGGGCGCAACGGCAAGCAAUACGUAAUCCAUGCCAACAUUACGGAAACGUAUCCAUCCACGCCACCAGUAUGGUUCGCCGAGAGCGAAGACACAAGUAUUAGUAACGCUGUACAAAUACUUACGAACACGAAAGGUUUAGAUAAUCACGUUAUAAAUCAGGUACACAUACUGCUGCGCGAACUCUGCCGGCAGCAUACGGUCCCACUACCUCCCGAUCUGGAAACGCUGAAGAAAGCCUUCCAGCCGAACGGUGGCGCAGCCGGGGCACACCUACAUCCAGCUGCCCAGCUCCACCAGCACGGUAUGUCACCUCAGCAGCUUCUUCCGGCGCACCAGCAACACCAGCAACUGCAGCUGCAGCAGCAGCAGCAACAGGCGAUCGACGAGAUCGACUCCGACUGUGAUGAUAUCGAGGAUGUGGUCGGCGACAGCGACCAGGAAAGCGAAGGCGAAGAGGACCUGCCCCUCGAGAUGGACGAUGGCCGUAGCACGGCAAAGAAAGACGAAAUGGAGGUAGAACACCUAGCAACAUUGGAAAGAUUAAGACAAACGCAACGGCAGGAUUAUUUGAAGGGUUCGGUGUCCGGCUCGGUCCAAGCAACGGAUCGACUGAUGAAGGAGCUGCGAGACAUUUACCGGUCGGAUUCGUUCAAAAACAACAUGUACUCGAUAGAGCUGGUGAACGACUCCAUCUACGAGUGGAACAUCCGCCUCAUGUCGGUCGACCCGGACAGCCCGCUGCACAACGAUCUGGUCCUGCUGAAGGAGCGCGAAGGCAAGGACAGCAUACUGCUGAACAUCAUUUUCAAGGAGACGUACCCGUUCGAGCCACCGUUUGUGCGUGUUGUGCAUCCAAUCAUAUCCGGUGGUUACGUACUGGUCGGUGGUGCCAUCUGCAUGGAGCUGCUCACGAAGCAAGGCUGGAGCUCGGCUUACACCGUGGAGGCGGUCAUCAUGCAAAUAGCGGCCACACUAGUCAAGGGCAAGGCGCGAAUACAGUUCGGACCCACCAAGUCUCUUUCCCAGGGCCAGUACAGCUUAGCUAGAGCGCAGCAAAGUUUCAAAUCGCUCGUGCAAAUCCACGAAAAGAACGGAUGGUUUACACCCCCCAAGGAGGAUGGUUAAGAGUUGGGAGGGGGGAGGCAAACGCCGUUCCACGAUGCUGUUGCUGCGCUUCGCUUCCGUGCUCUGUUGUUGAUGCCGUCUGGACGCUACACUGUACUAUGGAUCUUCAUCAUGCAUCACCAGAGAUCAUCCAUUUCUCAAAACUCUCUCGCUCUCUCUCGUUCUUUGUCUUAGUUUUUGCCAUCCGACGAAUCGAUCUCGCUACGAUUACAGCGCUUUCGAUUAUGGAUUAAAUACAAACGAUGGCAACGAGUUCAUGAGAUACAUGCGAGCGUUUUUUUUUUUUUUUUUGGUUGGAAUGAAUGGGAAUGGUGAUAGAGACCGGGAAAUCGAUCGAGGAACAUAACAACAACCAAAGGGUAUUAGUGUGAGUGUGUCCCGGUCUUUUCCACUAGCAGCAGUAGUAGAGUCAGCGUCUUAUAACAGUGAUACACGACCGAAAGCAACGGCAUCGCGCUAGUUCUUCUAACAAUAAUCGUUCGUUCUUUAAGCUUUUAGGUUCCUAGACUUAAGUGUAGAUGCGAGUACGACUGGAGAUGGGAUGGUUCGCGAGCGAUACGGAUGAAUGCGUCUAUCAAAAUUGCGUGCGUGCGUGAGCGUGCUUGUGUUAUGUUUGUGUGUAGAAAUCUUCGGAAAGAUCGUAUGCGCGUGAAUGGGGUAAACACUCUCGAAAGCAAAACGAACGGUAGAGUGAGCUAGUAACGUAUGGGGGGAAGUCGGGGAAUAGCUGCAGAACUUCACAGAGAGAGAGAAACCCUGGAAGAAGCCACUUUAAAUAAGCUUAGUAAAUAGGAAAUGGUGAGACACUGUUUGAGAAUUCGUUUCAGAAAGAAGGAUUUAGAAAGAGGAGAGAAUGAGCGGAGUGUUAGUAAAGCACAUUUUCUUCAACCUUUUGUUCAUAUACUAUCUACACAACCAAACACCAUUCAAUAUUCAGCACCGCCGUACACACAACAAUCACAACACACACACACACACAGCAGUGAAAGAUCUUCUUCUUAUCAUAAAGUACAUUUUAAACCAGCAUCUCCUAUAGUAGGGAAGUGAAAUGGAUAGGAAUUCGGACGGAAGAUACCGAUCGGCACUAAAAAAAUGCGCAUGUGCAUACAGACGGGCAUUCUAUAACAGUUCUGUUUAUUCUUUGUACUGUAAUUCCCUACCUGACUCUGCACUGAAGGUGUGAACUACGUGCAGAAUAUUAAAACACAUCUUGGAACCGCACUAGAAGCUUGUGUUGUAAAAUUGACUGUAGUGCAGCAAAAUAGGUACAACUAAUUUAAUGUCGACACGACGACAUGUGGUCGAAAUAUUGACCGGUGAUACAACACGCGUUGAGAAGGAAGGGGAUUGAAUGAAUGGAGCUCCAUUGAAUUGUUGUUCCUUCAAUAUUUUCAUUCAUAGCAAACCCGAAGAUCGGUAGCAAUGGUUCGUCCUUUUCUCUGAUCAGACACAAAGGGGGUCAGUUGAAAAAUUCAAAAUGAUUCACUUCGCACUUCCGCCAACAAUCAUAAGCUGAGCUGCCGAUCACACCAGUAUAGACUGAAAGGAGGAAGUGUCCACUUUGCUGUGUUCUCCGGUGUGGUGGAACGUUACUUUUGCCGUGAACAUGUGGAACUCUUCAACGAAUAUCUUCCAUCUGCUUGCCGUGCGCAAUAUCACGAUCGAUAAAGCGAGUUAAGAGAAGUUUGUCGGCCGGAUCAGACAGACCUAAAUGCAACGAAUUAUAGUUUUUUUUUUUUAAUUGCUUUUCAUUCUGCUUUCUUUCUGUAGACGAGCCUAUGAAUGGAAACUAAAACACGAGCGCGCUCAACAUCAUCUGUCGAUUCGUCGUUGUUGAAUGAAAAUACACAAGUUGAAUGGGAUUCGAAACGGUGUUAUGGUAUGGUUUGGUUAGUUUUUUCGCUCAAAACCCGAACCGAACAAUGAAACACAAACACACUCACAACUCAACUUUUAAAACUCAAAAUAGCAAUCAAACAAAGUGCACUCUAGGAGAAUAGCAAUUAUGCAUGGCUCUGCGUGCGUGCAUGUGCGCGGGGAAAGAUGUGGAGAAAGAUCUGACCUGGUGUUCGGUAUGGGAAAGGAAUAACACACACACGCAAUCCGUUGUUGGGUCUUUUCCCUUUCCAGGCGAGGCCGAGAAAAAAGGGGAGUUAGUGUAAGAUGAUAACUAAAACGCCCGACCGGAGGGAAACUAGCAAGGCAGACGAAAGCACGUAAUAUGUACAGAAUAUGGCAAAGAAAAAGUGAAAAAUUAUGCAAAAUUUGCAGACAGUGUUUUAGUAGUAGCUGCUACACGGUAUGAGGAGGAAGGGGGAGGGGGGUGGAGAGAGAAUGCGCAGUGUAAGGGAAAUCCCCACAAAUUGUUUUAUAUAAAUCUUAAAGGGAAAACGCGGAAUGGAAAGAAGGCAAAAAAACGGAAACAACAUUAUUAGACUCUUCGUGUUCUGCUUCCUUCCAUCGGGAAGGAAAAGGGUUCCAUCGGACUGCUGUGACAUAUGUAAAAUA